UUUAUUACUUAUGCUUAUGCUGCUAUUUACACUUCAUUCAUAUUGGAAAUUUUUCAGAAGAUAAACUUAAAUCCUUAAACCCUCUCCUUCCCUGCCGAUCGACCCACGACGAGGUGGUGGCUGCGACGCCCUCAAGCCACUAAGGGUAAGAAAAAUAGAAAAAGAAAACGCUGAAGAGGAAGGUUGGAAAUGAGUUCUGAAGCUUUCCAAGUUGCUAAGGUGUACAGAAACUUGCUCAAAGCGGUAGUUAAACAUAUAGGCAAAGAAGACAGCAAGAGGCAUUUCAGAGAACAUGUAACAAAUGAAUUCAGGAAGAAUUUGGUAUUAUCAGACCUCAAAUCCGUUCGCCAGAAAAUAAAGCUUGCCCAAGACUACACUUAUUUUCUCAAUAGUGUACACCAUCACAAGGAACUGUUGUUUUCUUACAACAUUGCUGUAGAUAGAUCAGAAGAAAUGAAAAGAACACUUGGGAAGUCUGCUGCAAGUGUUGGUCUUCAACUACCCGAAGUUUAUGAACCUUGAGAGUUUACUAUUCAUUCACAUUUUGUCUCCACAAAAACAUUUUUGUACUUUGUUGGGAAUUUAGAGAUUUAUAUUCCUGAAAAAAAAAGCUCCACUACAGCUGGUGGACUAAUAAUUUUGUACUGUUUUUGCCAUUUCCUUCCUUCUCUUUUCCUCUUUGGAAACCAAAAUGGUAAUGAGCUUUUGGUUUGAGCACUCUUUUCUGGAGCAAUUACAGAAUAAUUGUUGAAGGGAUUUAUCUCAAUGUAUCUAUAUAUCUUACCUUUCUGAUGUU